GAGGAGCUGAGCCAGUGAAGGCAGUGCGGUAUAUAAGGCAGAGACGGUACGGGAAGUCUUCAGUUGACUUCUAACGUUCUACCUGAGAUGUAUCGCCAGAUCCUCCUCUGCAUGGCCGCGUGUGCCUCCGUGGCACUAGGACAGCCCCAGAACUACCAGACCCCCAGGUCUCAUGAGACCUACCAGGCCACAGGGAUCUUACAGCCAGAAUCAGCAGACCUUGGCGAAAACCAGAGACUCGUCGCCGCCACUAUUGACAUCCUGCCAGAAAUCACUGAAGUUUUGCAACGUGUGGGAAAUAGUCGCUCCACCGACCCAGAACGCGUCCAGCAGGUCAUGCUUGAUUUCCUUCCCCUCUCACGUAAGGUCCUGAAGGCCACUGCAGAUGCUGAGGGCAAAGAACUUAACAGGAAGGAUAUUCAGGAUAUUAACGCCGCCGAAGCUGUCAUGCCUUCCGUGAUCGAAUUCAUGAACAAACUGAGAGAGAUGGACUUCUUCGGUACUGAACAACAACAAAAAACAUAUCAGUAACUUGGACACUAGAAGCAAGUUUACCGACCUAUAUUUCAGAAUUUUGUUUAUAUCUGUCAUGAUAAUCUAAUUUAUCUCAAAUAAAAUUUAUCAUAGGC